AUGGCGCAGCGUUAUCAGGCAUGGAAAGAUCGCUCCACCAUGACCGAGCCUGGUACAGCAUCCUGGGACGUGAGCAUCAGCGAGGCCGACUUUGCGAAGCUCAUAGCCGGUUUCGAAUCUCAAAGUAUGGACGACAAAUGGAACGUAUGGAGCGAAGAGGAGAGCCAUGGCGGGGACAUGCUCGUCCACUUUGCUCGAAGCUGGACAGGCCAGAAAGUGUGGAUACUUCAUUUGGAGGCGAAUGAGGGUGAGGGCAAUACCGGAGGAAAGAUCAAAGGCAUCACCUGGGCGCAGAAGCUAGGAGAAAUUCAUAUCUCGGAGGAGCAGGGCAAGAGGGACGCGACCAUCAUGAGCAGAGCCCUGCUCGGCUGCGAGGUCGAAGCGCUUCCAGACUACUGUUACGCGUCGCGUCUCCCCGCAUUCGAGCUUCGAGCUCCCCGCAGCAUCAUCACACUCUGUGCCAUCUUUCCUCGUCCAAUAACAACAACAACAACAACAACAACAACAACAACAAUACCGGUAACGACCACCAUGGCGUCGCUCAUCCGCAAUGCUGGACGUCUUCGAGCCCCAUUUCUUGGUGCAAAUGCUCGUGUAGCCCACAAGGCACCAAUUGCGCCACAGAGACGAUAUGCUUCGGCAGCAGCAGCGGCCGUUGCAGACAGCGGAGAGCAUUCCUUCUUCCCAGAUGAGCCCCGACAGCCAAUUGUCAAGACGGAAAUCCCUGGCCCAGAGAGCAAAAAGGCCAUUGAGAGACUGAGCAAGGUUUUCGACACCAGGAGCUUGAACAUGAUGGCCGACUACUCCCAAAGCUAUGGCAACUACAUCGCAGACCUCGACGGCAACGUCCUUCUCGAUGUAUACGCCCAGAUUGCCUCCAUCCCCGUAGGCUACAACAACCCCUCUCUCCUCCUGGCAGCCACAUCCCCCGAAAUGGCCUCUGCCAUCAUCAAUCGCCCCGCGCUUGGAAACUUCCCCCAGCACGACUGGGCCGACAUUCUCGAGAGCGGUAUCCUCUCCGUAGCUCCCAAGGGUCUCAACCAAGUCUUCACCGCCCAAGCCGGCUCCGACGCAAACGAACUCGCCUACAAAGCCGCCUUCAUGUGGAGGCGUCAACAACAACGCGGUGGCGCCUCGGCUGAUUUCUCCCAAGAAGACAUCGACUCGUCCAUGAACAACAAAGCCCCAGGCGCCCCCGACAUGUCCAUUCUAUCCUUCAAGACAGGCUUCCACGGCCGUCUGUUCGGCAGUCUGUCAACCACACGCUCCAAGCCCAUCCACAAGCUCGACAUCCCCGCCUUCGACUGGCCACAAGCCCCCUUCCCAGUCCUCAAGUACCCCCUCCACGAACACGAGGCAGAAAACGCAGCAGAAGAGCAGAGAUGUCUGGACGCAACAGAACACAUCAUCACCACCUUCCACAACCCACCCGCCGCCGUAGUAAUCGAACCCAUCCAGUCCGAAGGCGGCGACAACCACGCCACACCAAACUUCUUCCGCGGCCUCCGCGAAAUCACCAAGAAACACAACGUCCUCCUCAUUGUCGAUGAAGUGCAAACCGGCGUCGGUGCAACGGGAAAGUUCUGGGCCCACGAACACUGGGGGCUAAGCACGCCACCGGACAUGGUUACCUUUUCCAAGAAGGCGCAGACAGCUGGUUAUUACUUUGGCAACAACGAUCUCCGACCCAACAAGCCGUACCGUCAAUUCAAUACUUGGAUGGGCGAUCCUGCGCGCGCGAUCCUCUUCCGUUCCAUCAUUCAGGAGAUCAAGCGCAUGGAUCUUGUUAAUAGCACGGCUGCCGUUGGUGACUACCUCUUUGACGGUCUCCAGAGGCUGAGUGAGAGGUUCCCCCAGGAGAUUCAGAAUCUGAGAGGAAAGGGUCAGGGCACGUUUAUUGCGUUUGAUAAUGUGCGCCGGGAUGAGGUGCUGAAGAAGGCCAAGGGCGAGGGUGUCAAUAUUGGUGGCAGUGGGGAGAGGGCGGUCCGGUUGAGGCCCAUGUUGAUUUUCCAGAAACAGCAUGCUGAUUUGUUGCUUGAGAGGUUGGAGAGGGUAUUCUUGUCAUAA